GCGCGUCACUUCCGCGCAGGCCUCGGUUCCAGGCGACGCGCCCGGAGUUGUCAUCGUUCCACCGGGAGAGGCGAAGGGCAUCCGGGAUACCGGGCGAGGGGGCAGCUGCCGAUCAGCGUUUCUCGAGUGGACAUACGGACCAGUGGACAGACGGACCAGUGGACUUGUCCUUCAUUGCUCUCUGUCCUGGUUGUGACCUUGUGGAGUUUUAUUUCCUUCCGUUCUGAAGUUGAGGAACUUCCGGCCCAUCGGACUGACCACCACUUCUGUGUGUGUGUUGCUUUAAGGACUGCUUAUGCAUCGUCUAAGGACUUGUGCGGCGCGGUUGCGUCCGCUCACCGCCUCGCAGGCGGCUCAGACUGUUGGCCAACAGCGGCCAAUCACAGUUGCCUUCACUGGCGGCACAAGGACGUUUCAGCCAAUCAGGUGCUACUCAGCACCUGUGGCCUCUGAGCCGUUCCUGAACGGGACGAGCUCCAACUACGUGGAGGAGAUGUACUACGCCUGGUUGGAGAACCCAAAGAGUGUUCACAAGUCGUGGGAUGUGUUUUUCCGCAACGCCAACGCCGGCGCCCCCCCCGGCGCCGCCUACCAGUCUCCUCUGGGUCUGGCCUCCAGCCUCGUGGCUCCUCAGCUCUCGUCUCUGGUCGGAGCUCAGCCCAACGUGGAGAAGCUGGUGGAGGACCACCUCGCCGUCCAGUCGCUCAUCAGGGCCUACCAGAUCCGAGGGCACCAUGUGGCCCAGUUGGACCCUCUCGGGAUCAUGGACGCCGAUCUGGACUCGUAUGUCCCGACUGAUAUUAUCACCUCCUCCGACAAACUGGGUUUCUACGGCCUGGAUGAGUCCGACCUGGACAAAGUGUUUCGUCUUCCCACCACCACCUUCAUCGGAGCCUCGGAGAGCGCCCUCCCCCUGAAGGAGAUCAUCAGCCGCCUGGAGAUGUCGUACUGUCAGCACAUCGGAGUGGAGUUCAUGUUCAUCAACGACCUGGACCAGUGUCAGUGGAUCAGACAGAAGUUUGAGACUCCAGGAGUGAUGCAGUUCACUUUGGAGGAGAAGAGGACGCUGCUCGCCCGCAUGAUCCGCUCCACCAGGUUCGAGGAGUUCCUGCAGAAGAAGUGGUCUGCAGAGAAGCGUUUUGGUCUGGAAGGAUGUGAGUCUCUGAUCCCUGCUCUGAAAACCAUCAUCGAUAAAUCGUCUGAAAACGGAGUGGAGAACAUCAUCAUGGGAAUGCCUCACAGGGGUCGUCUGAAUGUUUUGGCCAACGUGAUCCGUAAAGAGCUGGAACAGAUCUUCUGUCAGUUUGACUCUAAACUGGAAGCAGCUGAUGAGGGCUCUGGAGACGUGAAGUACCACUUGGGCAUGUACCACCGGCGCAUCAACCGCGUGACCGACAGGAACAUCACGUUGUCCCUGAUGGCCAACCCGUCCCACCUGGAGGCCGUGGACCCGGUCGUCCAGGGAAAGACCAAGGCCGAGCAGUUCUACUGUGGGGACACCGACGGGAACCGGGUGAUGUCCAUCCUGAUCCACGGAGACGCGGCGUUCGCGGGUCAGGGCAUCGUGUACGAGACCUUCCAUCUGUCCGACCUGCCGUCCUACACCACGCACGGGACCGUGCACGUUGUGGCCAACAACCAGAUCGGCUUCACCACAGACCCGCGCAUGGCCCGCUCGUCCCCGUACCCGACCGACGUGGCCCGAGUCGUCAACGCUCCGAUCUUCCACGUGAACGCCGACGACCCCGAGGCCGUCAUCUACGUGUGCAAGGUGGCCGCCGAGUGGAGGGCCACGUUCCACAAGGACGUGGUGGUCGACCUGGUCUCUUACCGCCGGAUGGGUCACAACGAGAUGGACGAGCCGAUGUUCACUCAGCCUCUGAUGUACAAGCAGAUCAAGAAGCAGAAACCGGUUCUGCACAAGUACGCUGAGAAGCUGAUCGCAGAGGGAGCCGUGAGCCGACAGGAGUACGAGGAGGAAAUCGCCAAGUACGAUAAGAUCUGCGAGGAGGCGUACACUCGAUCCAAAGACGAGAAGAUCCUCCACAUCAAACACUGGCUGGACUCCCCAUGGCCCGGCUUCUUCACUCUGGAUGGACAACCCAAGACCUUGAGCUGCCCGUCCACUGGACUGACCGAAGAAAACCUGAACCACAUUGGACAGAUGGCGUCGUCCGUCCCCGUCGAGGACUUCACCAUCCACGGAGGUCUGAGUCGUAUCCUGAAGAGUCGAGGUCAGAUGGUUCAGAACCGGACGGUGGACUGGGCUCUGGGGGAGUACAUGGCCUUCGGCUCGCUGCUGCAGGAGGGGAUCCACAUCCGGCUGUCGGGUCAGGACGUGGAGCGAGGGACCUUCAGCCACCGUCAUCACGUCCUUCACGACCAGAACGUGGACAAGAGGAUCUGCAUUCCCAUGAACCACCUGUCCCCGGACCAGGCGCCCUACACGGUCUGCAACAGCUCGCUGUCGGAGUACGGAGUCCUGGGGUUCGAGUUGGGUUUUGCGAUGGCGAGUCCGAACGCUCUGAUCCUGUGGGAGGCCCAGUUCGGAGACUUCCACAACACGGCCCAGUGCAUCAUCGACCAGUUCAUCUGUCCUGGUCAGGCCAAGUGGGUGAGGCAGAACGGAAUCGUGCUGCUGCUGCCACACGGCAUGGAGGGCAUGGGUCCAGAACAUUCUUCAGCUCGUCCAGAGAGAUUCCUCCAGAUGUGCAACGACGACCCAGAUGUCAUGCCC